AAAAAACAGAAUAAACUCCAUUCAGGUUAGGCAUGUUUUUAUCCUGACCUACCACAGCUUGGUGGCAGAGUUCACCUGCAGCACUGUGAGCUGACCACAGUGUUUAUCUGCAUCACUGAGCUGACCAACCACACUGUUCACCUGCAGCACUGUGAGCUGACCAACCACACUGUUCACCUGCAGCACUGUGAGCUGACUACACUGUUCACCUGCAGCACUGUGAGCUUGGACUCUCCAGGCUUCUCAGGCCUACAGCAAGCAAAGCAGAAGGCUGGUCCCUAACUGCUCUUUAGAGAGAGUCCACAAGCUCAUUUACAUUACAGAGAUGAAAACUGCCUUCAGCAAAGUAAAUGGCUAUUUUAUUUAAAAAAUAAAUAAAAUUCUUUCAGGAUGGCAAGAUGGCUCAGCACGCAAAGACUCUUCUACUAAGACUGAUGCCCUGAGCUUGAUCCCUGAGACUAACAGAAGGAAAGAGAGAACCAACUCCCAAAUGUUAAAUGUUGUCCUCUGACCUUCAUACAUCACUGCAAACACAAAGACAAAUACCUACCCACCCACCCACACUCACCCACACACACACACAGACACACCCACACACACUCACACUAAUUUAAAAUAACAGAAGGGGGGGUGGGAGGAGUGAGGAGGGAGGAGGGGGGAUCUGUGGAUAGUAUGUGGAGUAGAAAAUUUCUUAAUAAAGAAAAACGAAAGAAAAAUAAUAAAUAAAAUAACAGAAGUUGUCACAUGUGCUGUGCCUUGGGCUCCAUUGUGGAGAGAGUGAGUCAGCUCAGUAGCAGUACCAUGGAUGUAAUGACCUAUAACGAUGUGCAUGUCAACUUCACUCAGGAAGAGUGGGCAUUGCUGGAUCCUUCCCAGAAGAAUUUCUACAGAGAUAUGAUGGUGGAGACCUAUAUGAACCUCAUUGAUAUAGGCUACAAUUGGGAAGAUCAUAAAGUUGAAGAACAUUGUCAAAGUUCUCAAAGAUAUGGAAGGUACAUCAUAUAUCACUCUGGAUACAAGCCAUAUGAGCACAGGGAUAUAGAAAGAAGCAAUAUACCUCUCCAUCUCAGAACAAUUAGAAGAUAUGUAGUACUCAUGUUGAGUAGAUUUGCUGAAUGUAAUUCAAGUUUACAAGUAAUCAGUUUUCCAGCUUCAAUGGGAAUACAUCAACAAACACACUGCAGAAAAGCCCUAUGAGUACUAGUAAUGUGUAAAUACUUCUGUUUGUCCUGGUUCACCUUGCAAAUGUAGUAUGACUCACAGUAUAGGAAAUUUAUCAAUGGAAUACAUGGGGUAAAGGUCUGAAUUCUACCAGUUCUCUUCAAAUAUGUGAAAAAUCUCAUAGAAAAAAGAUGCCGGGGCUGGAGAGAUGGCUCAGAGGUGAAGAGCACUGACUGCUCUUCCAGAGGUCCUGAGUUCAAUUCCCAGCAACCACAUGGUGACUCACAACCAUCUGUAAUGAGAUCUGGUGCCCUCUUCUGACUUGUAGUCAUACAUGCUGUAUACAAAAUAAAUAAAUAAAUCUUUAAAAAAGAAAGAAAGAAAGAAAAAAGAUGUCAUAAAUGUGAGCCAAGUAAUAAUGGCUCUUACCAUUAUAGGCAUCUUCAAAUAUGCAAAACAAUCUUUAAUGAAGGGAAACAACAUGCGUGUAAGCAAUUUGAUAAAACCUUAAGAUCUGAUUCCUCUUUACAUUUAGAUCAAAUUGUAAAAUUAACUUAUACAGAUAUAAAGAUUCAACAGUGUAAUGAAGGUGUUACAGCUUUUAAAUGUGCCAAUUAUCUUUUCAGGCAUGAAAGAAGCCAUACAGGACAGCAAACUUCUGAAUAUACUGAAUGUGUUAAAGCAUUUGCAUAUCAUAGUCGACUUCAAAGGCAUGAAAGAAUUAAUAUUGGAAAGAAACUCUAUGCAGGUAUUCAAUAUGGUGAAGCCUUUACAUGUCAUAGUAGACUCCAAAUACAUAAAGAAUACAUACUGGAGAGAAGCCCUAUAAAUGAUAUCAAUGUGGUAAAGCCUUUGUACAACAAGGUCAUCUUCAAAUGCAUGAAAGAAUACAUAUGGGAGAGAAACCCUAUGAAUGUAAUCAAUGUGGUAAAACUUUUGCAUAUUAUAGUCAUCUCAAAAUACAAAAAAGAACACAUACUGGAGAGAAACCCUAUGAAUGUAAUCAAUGUGGUAAAGCCUUUGCACAACAAGGACAUCUUCAAAUACAUAAAAAGAACACAUAUAGGAGUAAAAUCCUAUGAAUGUAAUCAAUGUGGUAAAGCCUAUGCUCAUCAAUUUCUCUUCAGUGGCAUAAAAGAACACAUAUUGGAGAGAAACCCUAUGAAUGUAAUCAAUAUGAUAAAACCUUUGCACAUCAUAGUCAUCUUCAAGGCAUGAAAGAACACAUACAAUGAGUGAAACCCUACACGAAUAACUUUUAGUGUGUAAUUGGUCUGUUAAAGCCUUUGAAUAUAGCAUUAGAUUUUUGAGGAUCUGAAAAAAUUCACGCUGAAGGGAAUCUAAAAAUUUGGUAAUAUUUUUAGCCAACUCACUUACAUUACACAAGAUUAUUUAUUCUGAAGAAAAGAAUCUGACAAGUGUCAACAACUGGUUCAAGCAAUACGAUACCCCUCUUUAUUUUGUUUACAUCUGCAAGCUCACAUGGACAAAAGGCCUAUGAAUUUAAAUAAUAAGGUAACUCUUUUAGAUUUCAUACUUCUCCUCAAUUACACGAGAUAAUGAAUCCAGGUGUAAAACUUCCUGCAUGUAUAUUAGUGCCUUUUCUGUUGCUGUGAUAUAACACCAUGUCUAUAUUUGCUUACAAAAGUGUUUAAUUUGUCCCUGGGUUCCAGAGUGAUACAGGAUCACCAUGAAAGUGGCAUGGAAACAAGUGUCAGACACGGCAGCUAAAGUAGGAAGCUAAAAAUUCACAUCCUUAACCUGCAGCAUGAAGGAGAAAGUGUAAAUUGAAAAUGGUGUGCAGAUGUAAACUCUCAGGCCAAACCCCAGUGAAACAUUUCUUCCAGCAGGGCAACAUUUUCUAAAUCUUCAAACAUGAUAUCACAGACUGAGAAUGAUUGAUUUAUCUGACUUCAAGCCUACAUUCUUACUUUCUGUUACAUGAACCAAUUCAUGAUGGAGGGAAACCCUGUAAGCCUUUAGAUGCCUCAAUACCCAUGCUACAGGAAUUACAAGAGAAAAAACAUUCAUGAGUGAAAAUUAGUUUAAUGAUUUAAUUUUAAUUAUGCAAUGUCAGUGUGUCUUUGUGUGGGUAUGUGCAUGUACAUUCUGGUUGCCAAACAAGUUAGACCCUUGGAGUUUUUUGUAGCAGGAAUUACUAGAAGUCAUAAAAAGCCUGACCUUGGUCCUGGGAGUAAACUUAUAUUAAGGGUUUGGCCAUGUCUCUAGCCCUGUAAAUAUUCUAAAGCUUUUUUUUUUUAUAUCAUCUUGAUAUCUGGAAAUAGGGAGGAACUCAUAAAAGAGAAAAACCCUAUUCAUAUAAAUGUUAUGGUAAAGACUUUAGACAUCACAGUUGUCUUCAGUUUCAAGAAAAAAACUUGUUUCAUCUCUUUUUCAUCAUAGCCUUGAAAUAAGUAAAUUAUUAACCAAGUUCACUGUGGGUACCUGCCCCCACCUUUUAUCCGAGGGUACUCUUUUUUUUUUUUUUUUUUUUUUUUUUAGGUUUUUCGAGACAGGGUUUCUCUGUGUAGCUUUGCGCCUUUCCUGGAUCUCGCUCUGUAGACCAGGCUGGCCUCGAACUCACAAAGAUCCGCCUGCCUCUGCCUCCCAAGUGCUGGGAUUAAAGGUGUGCGCCACCACCACCCACUGAGGGUACUCUUGAGGAGUGAGGGAUAAGAGAUUUAGAUAGAAGGAUGGAGAGGAGAGAAAAAAGAAACACAGGAUAGCCUUGGGAGGGCCUGAAUCCUUAUCCACUGCCCCAGAACUUUAUUCAAAAGGCUUUUUAUAACAAUGCCAAGGGGCAAAGCAAAAGACCUUCCUCUUGCUAGAUACAGGCAAAUGGAGACCCUUCCAAACAUCUGGUACCCAGGCCCAUGGUCCAAUCAUCCUCUUCUGCAGCCCUGCUGGGUUCUAAAGACUACUGUGAAGUUCACAUUGUAGCUUCUAUUUUGCAACAUUUGAGGUGGAUAUUAAAGUGUGCUUUAUGUGUGGCAAACCCAUUUAGUGAAGUUUAUUUUUUGGUCCUUUUAUUCCUUCUGUGGCUAUUGUUCAUCUUCUAGUUUGCUUUCACUAAGUAGAGGUAUUUUUCUGCUUCAAUGUACAGAAUGGGAUGGCCAUCAUCUAAAAGGUACAUUUGUAUUUAAAUAUUAGGCAGUGUGUGAUCAUUCUUUUCAAGUUAGUGUGUCUGUGAAAGGGUGGUGGGUUUUUGUUACUGGUUUUAUUUUCCAUUUUUUUUUUUUUUUUCACAAAUUCCCUUGAAAUGUUGUUUGUCAUUCAGCCUGGCUUGGUUGUUAGUAAUUAGUCAAAGAUAUAUUUGAACUCAUGAUCCUCAUGUGUCAGUCUCCUGAGUACAAGUCUAAGGGUGUAUGAUGUGCUCCCAACAUUUGCUGUUUUGUCAACACAUAUUAAGAACGUUAAUGUUAAAAUGCUUAAUAGAAGAGAAUACAAGAAACAUUAAAUACAUCAUGUGUGUAUUCAAAGAAACAUUUUUCAUCUAUCUAGAAGAAAUGUAAUGAAGUAGCAUAAUCGGCAAUCAACCGUAUGUUUCACAAUAUAACUGAUGUACUAUGGAUAUGUAUACAUCAUUUGUAGUUCCAUGCAUCUUCAUGUUCUUAUCAGUUAUCCAUUUCACAUAAUAUCUUGAGUAUUGCCUUCUAAGGGAAUUAUCUAGAGAUGCCAGAUAAUGUAAUGCCACGAGAUUUAUUAAAAAAAAAAAAAUGUUGUGUGUUUGUGUAAUGUGACUAUGGGUUUUAGGCCAUGACAGAUAUGUGGAGACAAGAAGACAACUUUGUGGGGUCUAUUUUUGUCCAUCUUAAAAUGGUGAUCAAGAUGAGGUUACAGCCUUGCACAACACAGAUAUUUCCAACAUAGCUGUCUCAUUGAUGCUCAAAUAAGAUUGGGUGAAAAAUUACAUCAGUAAAAUAUUGUCUUCUUUUCAGAUUGUAAACAUACUUUCUUUGAAGCAUAAUGGAAAACAGGGGAAAUUGAAUAAUAAAUCCUAUUUCCAAACAAAAAAAAAUUUUUUAAAUAACGUUACUGGGUGUGGUGACUCAAACUUUUAGUCUCAGCAUUUGGAGGGGAGAAGCAGGUGGAUCUUCAUGAGUUCCAGGUCAGUCAAGGCUACAAAGUAAGACCUUAUCUCAAGAAAACUAAAACCAAAAAACAAAAAGUAAAUAAAAAAACUUUAAGGCAUCCUUCCAAAUAGAGAAUCUGAGUAAUUUAAAAAACUAUUAAUGGCAAAUGGAACUGAUUCAACCAAAGCAGGAGUAUAAUUUAUUUGUUUGUUUGUAUACUAUAGUUAUGAUGCCAGGGUCUACUAAAAAUUGUGAAAAAUACAAUUUUAAUACAGGCAGUACGAAACCUAUCUAUAAUAAGCAAACCCAAGUAAGUAUUUCUAUAUGAACCACCUCAAUUCCCCUGGGAAUGACAUUCCCAGCAGAUGACUCCUAACUAUAAAACAUCUAUGCUUAACCAAUCGGCCUGUCUAUCCAAUAACAGCAUGACUAGUCAAAACUUCUUUAGAGG